AUCGUUCACAAAUUUCAAGUUCCGUCAGCCGAAUAAAAUUAUCAAAAAAUCUUCAUUUUGCGAAUAAGCAUGUUCCCGAGGACCAGUGUCAAGUUCCUGCGUUUGGCGCAACAGCCAAUACGUAAUCUGCACCACGGACGGGUUCCAUCUGCCCGUCUGUUUACCGGGAGGGAGCCGACCUUCACUCUAGAGUCACUGACCAACAGAGAGCUAAUCCGCGUCCACGGCUCCGAGGUCGUGCCGUUCCUGCAGGGUUUGGUGACCAACGAUGUGUCCAGGAUUGAGUCCGCCAACGGCCCCGCCUCGAUCUACGCCCACUUCCUUAACAAAGGCGGUCGCGUGCUUUUCGAUACAAUCAUCUACCGGACGAAUAGGCCGGACACUCUGCUGGUGGAGUGCGAUCGUGAAGCCUCAUCAGACUUGCGCCGACACCUUCGCCUAUACCGCGUCCGCCGGCGCAUCGAUAUCGACAGUGUGGACGACGAGUAUACAACUUGGGUGAUAUUGAAUCCCAAGACAGCACCGCCAACCGCAGCCAGUUUGAAUAAGGAUAUCUUUGUGGCGCCGGAUCCCAGACUGCGCGCACUGGGUACACGCAUCCUUGUGCCCGCCGACAUGAGCACGACCCAGCUGGGCAAGUGUUUGUCCACCUUUGGCACUGCUGGGAACCCCACCGCAGAGAGCAACUACCAACUAUUGCGCUAUAAGCUGGGAGUGGGCGAGGGCAGCCAGGAACUGCCGCCCGGCAAGUGCUUUCCGUUAGAGGCCAAUGCAGAUUACCUAAAUGGCGUGAGCUUUCAGAAGGGCUGUUAUAUUGGCCAGGAGCUGACUGCUCGCAUCCACCAUUCGGGCGUCGUUCGCAAGCGAUACAUGCCUGUCCGUUUGACAAGUCAGCUCGAUGCGGGCUCCCCCCAUGAGGUCACCUCCGUAGCGGGGGCAAAGGUGGGACAAAUCUUUGGAUCGGUCCGCAGCCAUGGUGUGGGGCUGUUGCGGUUCGAGAAGGCUCUCAAUGGCCCACAACUGAUUGUCGACGGCGAGCAUUGUUUUGCAGACCGCCCGGAAUGGUGGCCAGAGGAUAUGUCCGGGAAGCAUCGACAUGCGAUGGUCGAAUGACCCGCGGCCUAAUUUUAAACACAUAUAACGCUACUAUGUUACUCAUCCAUAUAUUGUUAUUAGUAUAGUAAAGUCUAGUCACGCCGAAAAUAUGCAUAGC